AUGUAUAAUGGCAAGGAUAGAGCUCAGAACUCUUACCAGCCAAUGUAUCAAAGGUCUAUGCAGGUACAAGGACAGCAACCUCAAUCAUUGGUGGGGAAGAAAAGCACAAUUGGAAGCGUGCAUGGAAAACCUCCGAUGUUGAUGGCCAACAAUGACGUUUUCACUAUUGGACCCUAUAAGGCAAGAAAAGAUAGAAUGAGAAUAUCGGUUUUAGAAAAAUAUGAAGUUAUUGGCUACAUUGCUGCGGGCACUUACGGUAAGGUUUACAAAGCAAAAAGACAAGUUAGCUCUGGUACGAAUGCAGCUAAUGGCUUCAAUUUGAGUGGCACCAAUGCAAAAGUUCCACAAUUUGACGGCACGCAAUCAAAAUCGAGUUCUUCGAUGAACAUGCAGGCAAUUCCGAAUGCAUUAAGAAGAACCUUACUCAAGGAUGAAAGACUAACUCCCGGCAGAGUACGAACCACGAGGGAUGAUGGAUCUUCUCAGUAUAAUUUGCAAAAGCAGAUUGCUACAAAAAAACCUUUGACGGCAUUCUACGCCAUCAAGAAGUUCAAAACGGAGAAAGACGGUGUCGAACAGUUGCAUUAUACAGGUAUCUCUCAGAGUGCCUGUAGAGAAAUGGCGUUAUGUCGAGAAUUGCACAAUAAGCAUUUAACUACGUUAGUGGAAAUUUUUCUAGAAAGGAAGUGUGUUCAUAUGGUGUAUGAAUACGCCGAGCAUGAUCUGCUGCAAAUUAUUCAUUUUCACUCUCAUCCAGAAAAAAGGAUGAUACCACCAAGAAUGGUCAGAUCCAUUAUGUGGCAGCUUUUGGAUGGCGUGUCGUACCUUCAUCAAAAUUGGGUGCUUCACCGUGAUUUGAAACCUGCAAAUAUAAUGGUCACUAUAGAUGGGUGUGUAAAGAUUGGCGAUUUAGGGCUUGCAAGAAAAUUCCACAAUAUGCUGCAAACUCUUUAUACAGGGGAUAAGGUGGUCGUCACUAUUUGGUAUCGUGCACCAGAGUUGCUGCUGGGGGCAAGACAUUACACUCCCGCGGUUGAUUUGUGGUCUGUCGGUUGUAUCUUCGCUGAACUGAUAGGCCUGCAACCCAUAUUCAAGGGCGAGGAGGCUAAAUUAGACUCUAAAAAGACAGUUCCAUUCCAAGUAAAUCAACUGCAGAGGAUUCUAGAAGUCCUUGGCGCUCCUGACCAAAAAAAUUGGCCUUAUUUAGAGAAAUAUCCGGAGUAUGAUCAAAUUACGAAGUUUCCGAAGUAUAGAGAUAACUUGGCCACAUGGUACCAUUCCGCAGGAGGGAGGGACAAGCAUGCAUUAAGCUUACUUUAUCACUUGUUAAAUUAUGAUCCAAUCAAAAGGAUUGAUGCCUUUGAUGCCUUAGAACAUAGUUACUUUACAGAAAGUGAUACUCCCGUCAGCGAUAAUGUAUUUGAAGGGCUAACUUAUAAAUACCCGGCGAGAAGAAUCCAUACAAACGAUAAUGAUAUCAUGAAUCUCGGAUCAAGAACCAAAAAUAACGCACAAGCUUCAGGAAUCCCUGCCGGCGCCGCUGCAAAUGCUCUGGGUGGACUUGGAGUUAACCGAAGGAUUUUAGCUGCAGCUGCAGCUGCAGCCGCAGCAGUAUCAGGAAAUAAUGCAUCAGAUGAGCCAUCUCGAAAAAAAAAUAGAAGAUAG